CGCUUCUCGUUGCCAUGGCGACGGCGCCCAGUUUACCUCAGGCAGAAAGUUGCUGACAGCAAUGGGUAUAGUCAAUAUCGGUGCUCAAUGGGAUGAAACCAUUUGCAAUAUGAUCGCUUGUCAGCAUCCACCUUGCUGGGAAUCUAUGCGGAGAAUAGAAAGUGGGCAUCCUCACCUUUUGCUGAAGAACGUAGUCAGACCUGGAAAAGAUUCCCCAGCUUCUGAAGGCAAACUGCCAACCCUGAAGAUUGUUGACCUUCCCCUCCAUUAUCCUCGGAGAGAACAGUUUAAAUGUCUGGGAAGUUUUGAAUUCAACUCCAAGACAAUUUCCAGUAGCAAAGAAGCUAGAAAUUGCUUUUCAAAAUCUAUUCUGAAUAAUGAUUGGAUACCCCCCAUUUCAGUAUUAAGUUCAGAAAAGAAUCAUUUUCCAGGCCUGAACUCCAGAAUGGAAUCUCAGUCUCUCCACUUCCCACCAAUAAGUUUAACCUCCUCGAGGCAACCUGAAAAGAUGCAGGUGACAGACCUCUCCGAAUUUGUAGUGCAAAGACUGGGUUCCCAGGCACCCUGUGGAAGCACGGUUUUCCGGUGGGUUCCAGACAUGCGACCCAGAUUCCUGCAGUCUGGGAAUCCUAGCGGGAGAGAAAAGGCGACCCCUCCAAAAAUAUGUGUGAAGGACCUAGCUUUGGAAAGUCUCUGCUCUCUCCAGGAUCAUCAAGGGACUAAAAGAAAAAAGUCAAAUAAAAUUCCUACAGGGGGUCAGCCUUACUUUCGUCAUCUAAGGCGGAAUCAAAAGUCUAACAAUAAAUCAAGUUCUGUAGGCCAACAAAGGAGCAUGGAUGACAGCCUCCUCGGGACAAGGAAACACCCCUUGCCUGCUCUGCAUCUGUUGCUACAAAAUGCGGAAGGGUUGACUCAGGAGAGCAAAAGAGCAAGGGCGCUGCUGGAGACCAAGGAGAAAUUGGCAGCCCCCUUUAUUGUGCAGAAGGCGCCCCGUUUUAACCUGUCUGAAGCGAAGAUCCCCAUAAAAGACAAAGACCCAGGAAGAAGCCUAGGCCGCCAGCCCAAGAUCAUCUCAGGAGGCUGCGAUUCCUUUCCUUACUGCCUACCGAAAGCCAACUCCAGCUACAGACGGUAUUGCGAGCAUCUGCCAAACUGGAAGGAAGCCACUCCGGCUGAGAGGGAUGCUUCAGACAUCAGCAGGGAGGUUUGGCCCAAAGAAGACUCGCAGGAAGCAGCCAGGACCUUUGCUCCGCUACAGUCCCCGGGGCCCCCUCCUCCCUCCCCCACCCUCUCUGAGAACAGCCCUAAUUCUGCCCCUGGCUUCACUUGAAUCCAGAAGGGGCAGGGAGGAGGGGGAGGCUGGGUGGGUUAUCAGCAGCCAACUCCCAAGGAUGGUUACUUCUAUUUUAAAAGAAGGGGGGGCACACUCUUGAACUUACAACCAUUAAAAUUCCUGCUUCCCGACUUUGUGCCUCUCUGAGCCUUGUCUCCAAAAAAACACCUUUGGUGAUAACCAAUAGGUGGGAUGCUGGGCGGCCAGAAAAAGAACUUGAGCGGCCUAUGCAGCGCUCGUGUUAAGGGGCUCUUGAAGACAACUCAGGGGUUUUGUUUUAAAAGGGAAGGCAAGUCAAAGGACGGCAAGGGCGCUCCGCUGAAGGAGCAGACGGGGAUGUGAAAAGGCGGGCGAUUCUCUCUCCACACUCCUCUUCCUGGGCAACAGUCCUCCUGGAGGGCACAGAGUGAGUCGGCGGAAGGCGCUUUGUCGGUCUUCCCAGCCGGCUUCCGAGUCACACAAAAGUCCUGGAAGAAAGACGGAGCCCCUCAGCUGUGAAAAUGAGCAGAACCCGGAGGCCUUCAGCUCGAGUGGGCCUUUCGGAAGCCAGUCAGUUGUUGCUAUCAUUCAUUUCUUUCCCCUUCUGUGAGCAGCGAGGUACUUUUGCAAGGGACUUGGAAGAGGAAAUAAUUAGUUUACUUCGGAAUGAUUAGGUCUUGGAAACAAAUAUUCAGGGCUCCCUAUGCUUCAGAUUCAUGAUCUAAAUAAUUUAGUGUCCUUUAUAAAUAUGACCACCCCUAAUAAAUAGGACUUCUUGGGAGAAAAUGAAGCAUGGUGAUUCUGCCUCUGGGCUCCCUCCCCCCAAAUGCAUUGGCCUCGUGCGUAAAAGGCAGCAUCCUGACUCUUGUCUGGGCUUCUCAACAACCUUGCUGAAUGAAAGAACCUUCGGAUAUACCGAUUGCAAAUAGAUAUAGAUAUAGAUACUUUAUUUGUAUGCCGCCCUUUU